AUGUCGGAAGACCCUGAUACCGAUGCCCUAUCAUGGGACCUCACCGCCGCGAUCAAUCUUCUCAACAGUCUUUCUGCCACUCAGAAUAACUCAGCCACUCUUUGUCUUCCUGAGCACGCACCUGAGGAAUCUGCAGACCCUUCCGAGCAAGACCUGAAUCUCGGUGAUUUCUCGAGGAUUUGGAAGUAUCUUGGCCGAUCUCCAUCUGCUGACGAGGACAACUCGACCAAGCUCGUCAAUUAUGAGGUUAAUGAUGUGCUCGUCGGCGAGCUUGACCUCAAUCAGCUGACCAAAGCGGUCCGUUGGCGCGAUGAGGUGGAUGGAGCCGAUUUGGAAGACAACGUGGAGCCGGACAAACCUACUGCUGCUGCCCUUCGAGCGGCUCUUCGAAACAGGAAACGUGCAGAAAGAAGAGCACGAGCAAAAGCCGUCGGCGCUACGAAACAACCGCCAGUGUCAGAUACCACCGAUGUUGAAUCAGGAGAAGAGCUCGAGUCACUUCGUCGACCUUCUGAUCGACGUGCUGUUAUUGACAGCAUUCUUGGUCUUUCUCGGCCGACUCCUGGUGAGUCUAGCUCUCCACCGACUUCUCCAUCACCACCACAAGCCGAGAUCAGGACACCCAAGCGUACUUGGCCUGCUUCUAAUCCCUUCCUGUGGACUCCCACAGACUCAUCUUCGAAGCGCGCUUUCAUAGGCCCUAAGGAUGGCUUGACUCCUCGAGAGAGGAAACAAGCUCUCAUCUCUGAACUCACGAAGUGUUAUCAGGAUGAAAAGAAAUAUUUGAAGAACUCAGGCCUUAUUGAACCUGCGUUCACUCCUCUGAAUGUUUCUAAGAUUGGCGUUCAUGUUUUUGUCGACAUCUCGAAUAUCACAAUAGGCUUUCAUGACUGUUUGAAGCUAGCUAGGGGUAUGUCUCGCGAGACACGUCUCAAGCGGGUGCCAUUUUCAUUUCAUAAUUUUUCACUCGUCCUAGAACGAGGCAGACCUGCUGCAAAGCGUGUUCUGGGAGGAUCUGAUACCUCUCCUACCGUUACACAGGCCAAGGCACUUGGUUACGAGACCAACAUUCUUAUGCGAGUCACCAAAGCAAAGGAAUUGACACCGCGACAGAAGAAAUAUCGAUCUGGUGGGGAGACUAGUGGUUCUGAAACGAAUAAUCCUGUCUUCGCUCCUGAAAAACGGGUCGAACAGGGCGUGGACGAAAUUCUACACCUGAAGAUAUUGGAAUCUAUCAUUGAUGCGGAGAAGCCCAGUACUAUUAUUCUUGCGACUGGCGAUGCUGCUGAGGCGGAGUACUCGGGCGGUUUUCUACGCAUGGUAGAACGAGCUUUGGAAAGAGGUUGGCUUGUGGAACUUGUCAGUUUCAAGCAGAAUACCAGCAGUCUUUACAAGAGGAGGGAAUUCCGAUCUAAGUGGGGACCUAUGUUCAAAUGGGUCGAACUGGAUCCUUUUGUCGAAUUUCUCAUUGAUGAAGAAGAGGAUGCUUGA